AUGUCUGGCGUUACCAUCUUGUAUGGAUCCGAAACAGGUAAUGCCCAGGAAUACGCACGAUAUUUAUCGAAAAGGCUCCGCUACUUGAACUUGAGUCCGAUAUUGUCACCAUUAGACGAUUUUCCACUAAAAAAUUUGGUUACAGAGACUCGAUUUUUGAUUAUAAUAUGUUCUACCACUGGUCAAGGAGAACUUCCUCGAAACGCCAGAAAGUUUUUCAAGUUCUUGCUCCGCAAAAAGCUUCCUAGAGACUUGUUGAAUCACUUGGAGAUCACCAGCUUUGGACUAGGCGAUUCUUCGUACCCAAAGUUCAACUAUGCCAUUCGAAAGUUGCAUGCUAGACUAAUGCAAUUGGGGUGUCAAGAGUUAUGUUUACGGUGUGAGGCGGACGAACAAGCACCAGAAGGGGUGGAUAAGUUCUAUAGUGAGUGGGAAUUUGCGCUUACUAGCACGCUUCAGACAAAAUGUAAUGUUGUUGAGCUCGAUACCGAAUUUGUGCUACCUCCAGAAACACCCGUAAAGGUCGUUGAUACGGAACAAGAUAUCGACACUUUGGGAAACAAAACCAUAGCCACGUCUCGCCCCGAGUUGCGGAUUGGAACAUUGGUUCAAAAUAAGAGGGUAACAGCACCAGAUCAUUUUCAAGAUGUUCGUCAUAUAAUCAUCACUGCUGAAGAUUUAAAUUAUGUUCCUGGAGACACCCUAGCACUCUAUCCCAGCAACGACGACGAUUCCGUGGAGCAGUUGAUCCAAUUGCAACCGCAUUGGAUUCCUUUUGUUGAUAAGCCUUUGGAAAUCCUGGGAAGAUUGCCUCAUAUCGAAGGUGGGUUCAUCGACAAAAAGUGUCUCACAUUAAGAUCGUUGUUGAAGUAUCACAUUGAUCUUUCGGCAGUGCCUCGCCAUUCGUUCUUCUUUUCCCUUUGGCAUUUCGUAGACUCGUCUUCUGAAGAUGGUGCCCGAGAAAAGGAAAAACUUCGUGAAUUCAGCAAGUUUGAAGACAGUGAGGAUUUGUAUAAUUAUGCCAACCGUCCCCGACGCCUGAUACUAGAAACUAUCCAGGAAUUUCACGAAAAUCUCGAGAUUCCCAUUGCCUAUAUCAUGGAUAUCUUCCCGCUCAUCCAUCCCCGGUUGUUCCUGAUAGCUUCACGGCCCUCAUCCAGUCUGGUGGAAAUUGUUGUUGGGCUCGUGGAGUACAAAACUAUCAUUAGACGAAUCCGCCGUGGAUUGUGCAGUAAAUGGUUGAAAGAAAUGGCCCCAAACACAAAUCUUGCCUUCACCAUUCAUGAAUCCAACAUAUUUUUCUCCAAUAAACCCAUCAUAAUGGUGGCUCCAGGCACUGGCAUUGCACCCAUGAAAUCUUUGAUCGAAGAGAAAGCUAUGGCUGGCUCUCCACCUCUCUACCUCUUUUAUGGAUGCAGAAACCACGGAAAAGAUUACCUCUUUCUGGAUCUAUGGGAGGGUUUACAACAACAGAAUAAACUUCAUUUCUACCCAUGUUUCUCGCGAGAUGGUUCAAACAUAAAAUACGUUCAGCAUAACCUUUACCAACAAAAAAAGUUGGUGGGAGAUCUUCUUCUCAAAGAGGGGGCCACUAUCUUUAUUUGUGGUUCAAGCGGCUCGAUGCCUACACAAGUGAGGAUCACACUUACCGAGAUUUUACAAGAAAUCGGCCAAAUUUCCAAUGAUGAGGCUGCGAAAUAUUUGCUUGAGAUGGAGAGUAAUGGUCGGUAUAUCCAAGAAACGUGGUAA